CGGGAUAGACUGUACAAUUAAAAGUUACAAACACAAAAUUAUCAAAAUGCCCUCAAAAGACGAUAUGGAAUGAUUAUUUUAUUGAUAUUUCCUACUAUAUACCUUCCAAUUAUUACUUCAUACAAAUAGAUCGGCGUUAGGUCGCAUGCUUUUCUUUCCUGGUGACACUGUAAAGCAAAAUAGUUGCAACCCCGUAAAUGCGCUAUAAGUCCAAUAAUAAGUGACGGUGACCCGUUAUAAAUGUUUCGCCAGCUUCGAUUUUUGCCGCUACGCGGCGCUUUGGGCCCUUGCGUCCAGUAUAAAAAGGUACAGCCUAGGCGAUGAGCCAGUCGACAUCAUCAUGGCCAACCUGAAUUUUUAUAUCCCCUCUUCACAAGAGGAGCCUGAGGAAGAUAUACCUUUUUAUACCAGUUUAGUGGCUCUUAAAACUACGGCAAAAAUUAACUUGGAAGAAGAAUCUCAGAUUUUGGCUAAAAUGGUUGAAAAGAAUAACAACAACCCUGUGACCUUCGCGAGAGUUUUUACCGGUGAGAAAACCUCUGGAGUGAAAGAGGGACAACCAGGAGGUGAUUCCGAUAUGCCUCCUCCAGGUGCUAGCCAGGCUGGCGUAUCCCAAAGCGGUGGAGGUGGGGAUUCAGGUGGUGCCGGUGCUGGGGGCACUGGUGGUGCAGGUGGCGACGGCGGUGGAGAUGAUGGUGGUGGAAAUAGUGAUGACAAUGAGAGUAACCAUGAUGACGAUGAUGAGAGUCAUGAACCAUCUUCAGAAUCGCAAGGCAGUGGGUCUUUACCAGAAUUAGUACAGGUAUUUACAUCCCCUAAGGAGGCUACAUUCCUUUCCCCAGCCAGAGGAUCUCUUCCGAAAAAGUCUGAUGUCAGCGAGAAUGAAUCUGACAUUGUGCCAGAAAGUGCCGGCGAACUCCCAGAAAGUGAUGGUUCAUUUCUUGGCUCUAUCCAUGACCAAGUCACCGACACUGUGACUGAUAGUGAAGCUCCAGUAGUUUUGGCAUCUGAUACUCUAGAUGAGGAAGAAGAAAUUCCGGCUACACAGGGCAUCUAUGGGUCACCAAUAGUUAUUCCUGAGUCAUUAGGCAGCGCAUGCCCCAAGGAUAAAAAAUGCGUACAAUCAGUCCCAAAAACAACUGAUACUCUAGAUGAGGAAGAAGAAAUUCCGGCUACACAGGGCAUCUAUGGGUCACCAAUAGUUAUUCCUGAGUCAUUAGCGACCACAAGCCAAGAAGAGAAGGACUAUUCAACACUGAGCUCCUUCACCAGCUCUGAACCUGAAGUGGAGGAAAAGAGGCCAGCAAGUGUAUUCAGGACCUGGCAAUCUAGCACCACCUGUUCCGACCCGAGAAUUUCGAGGUCUGCCUCUCCUAGUCAACGUUCAAGGGCCAGUACAGAAGGUGGGACUGAACAGGCACAAACUGAUGCGGUCCAUCAGUACCAGACACAGGGGGACUCCUGGCACCUCAGGAUGACUCAAACACAGGCAGAGACAGCAGACGGCCUGGAUCCAUUGUUGUUGUGUCUAUCGCCAUCGCAGAGACCUGAAUCACAAAGACCUGAGAGUCCAUCGAUGGUGGCAUCAACAUCUCGGAUUCCUUCAAAGACUCUAACACUGGAUAUGAUUCAAAGUGAUGAAGAAAACACCCCUGAUAGCCUGGAGUUCAACAUAAAGGAGCUUGAGUUUAGCGAAGAGCCUGCCCCACCACAAUCAGAAGAGACGAUUUUCAAGGCCGGUGACUUGGCUGUGAAAGCUGCAACGAGCAAUUCGGAUGAUUACGAGAGCACGGACCUUUUUGACAUGCGACCUGAAAGAAGGAAUAAAAAGCAUGAAAGCAGGAGAGAUGUGGAGGAGAAAUCUUGCAAGGAUUCUGAAGAAAAUGACUUGCCCGCAUUUGAAUCAACCCCUAAAGAUGACUCAGAUGAUGAUGUGGCUGAGGACAAACAAGCUGAGGAGACAGCACCAAAAAAUCAGGGUGAUGAGGUUGAAAAAAGUGGUGUCUUAAAGACAGAUCCCAAACCUGUUGCUAUCGAGCAUGUUCAUGAUACACAGGAUACACAGAUAUAUUCUUACAACCAGGAUGGCCAGAUAUUUCCAGUUGUUGCAAACAAAUCAACUUGUGCUACUGCUGCUGAACCUGUACCGGUACCUGAUGAACCUGUCGCUGGUCCUAGUCACUUCGGGCCAACGUUGGUUGCAGAUGCUGACGAACGGACAACAAAACCCGGCGACCCUUAUGAGUAUCACUUGUCACAGUCGCAGCAUGAACGACAUGAUUUUGAUAAAAUGGAACGUGCGAGGAAGGAAACACGCAAACGAGCACAAUUGAGAAGAAGUCAAUCCUUUGGACCGGCCAGUGACAGCAGUUGUGAGGGCAUACAGGAGAAGUUGUCUGGGGAUUUCAUUAUGGAAGUGAAAAUCAGCACAAAAGAUGGUGUGCUUGUGAGGAGUUUUACAAAGAAUUAUUCCACUAUUGGAAGUCCCAGUUCAUCCCUGAGUACAGUUCUGUCGUCGCUAACAUCGGGAGAAUUGGCUGAUAUCAGUUCAUCCUUAUCUUCAUUGAAAUCAAGGGGAAGUCUACAUUCUUUGGACACUUCGCCAAAAGUGUCAUUGAGCUCACUGCCUGAGAAUUCCUCCCUAACAAAAGCUCUAUCAACAUCGCCUGCCACGCCCAUUCUACCAGCUGUGGCGUCAACAAGUACUGCACGGGACGAUGGUUUCCGUAAACCCCUAAAACUGACGCGUACAUGUAGCGGUACUGGCAAUAGCAGUCUUGGCAACACUGAUUACAUGUACACAAGUGGUGACCAUCUGCAGGUCUCAAGUAUUCAUGUAUCGACUCCAGAUCGACAUGAUGGGCAUGACGAUAAGUGUACAUGUAAAUAUUAUGUGUGCAAAUGUACAUGCAAAACAUGCAAAACUUGCUCUGAACACAUUGCAAAAAUUCACCAACUGGCUGCACCAAUCACCCCAAACUUGUCUCCUGACGAGCCUCCCUCGACUCCUGACUUGUCCAAUGAGGAGCCAAAUCAACCCUCCAUGAAAAAGCUGUCUCCCGAUAAGCCAAAACCUCUCUCCAGGUCAAGGUCAUGUCCUCAUGAAGAAGAGCCCCCCGCUAAAAGGAAACGAGCAGAACCGGCUGAUGAUGUACCCAACGAUGACAUUAGUCCAGAGGUACCGAUUCUCGACCGGAGUGCACUUGCUGCACCUGUGAUGCCCUCCACAUCCAAGCAAGAAGCGCUGGAGGCACCUCCGACCCAAUCAACAUAUGCUGCACCACGUACCCCAACAAGUCAGCCUCCACCCAGAGAGACAGGAACUCGUGUAUUUGCCAAAUGGCCCAAAGACAAAUUUUAUUACCCUGGUAUCAUUGUCUAUCAAGAAAGGAAUGGAAAAUUCUACAUACAAUUUGACGAUAACACAAGCAGCCUUAUUAGAGAAAAGGACAUAAUCUUUGAUGAGCUGGAGUGUGGCCAGAGUAUUCAUGCCGGCAUUAAGAAGGACGAUGGGGUAGAAUAUGAGCCCGGUGUCAUUAUUGAUUUAAUCCGAAAAGAUGAUUCCUUGAAAUAUGAUGUAUCACUCGACUCUGGGGAGAUAGCCACUGUCCCCCAGAGUUUGGUAGGACUCACCGUCGAUCAGGCUAAAAAUCUUGUGUCCAGACCUGAAAAGCCAACAAGCAUGACGCCUCAGACGUUAUGCCUCCCACCAAGUCAAGCCAGUGCUGAUAUCAGCCUUGACAAUCUCGUCGAUGGUAAGAGGAGAAAGAGUGGAAAUACAAGCUUCCUAGCAACACCUGAGACAGUCCCAAGCACAGGCACCAAACUGUCGGGCAAAGGUAUGCGAUCACUGCGGAAGCGCCCACUUGAGUCCCCUGAGGAUGCGUCUGCUGGGCUGGCCAAGAAGCAAAUUCCAUUGUUUACAAGUACCCCAACACCCCGAAGAACAAAAAGGAGCAAGCUGCAGGAAGAAGUUGAAAAACCACAAAGUAAACAAAAACUUACUGUUUUGGAAGAAUCGGAGUCCGUCCGUCGCUCACCGAGGAAACAAAAACCUGUUAAUAAAGAUAUCUUUAAUGUGAAAGGAGCAAUUCCUGCGACUGAUAGUAAGCUCUUUUACAAAUGUGCGUUUUUCAUCUCGAAAGGAGAAAAAUCGGGGCAAGAGGAUGAGGGAGACUUGACUAUGUAUGAAGAAGUCCCCUUCGAUAAGGACCAUAUCCGAGCACAGAUAAUGGCAGGAGGCGGUGUCGUUUUAUCUAAAUAUGAUAAAGAUGCGGUUCAGCACGCGAAAGAGGUUUAUCUCAUCUCAGAUGGAUACUCACGAACACUCAAAUAUUUGCAGUGCCUAGCCGCGGAUAUUCCAUGCCUUUCUCACCAAUGGGUCAGGGACUCGUGUAAUCAGGGGAGGAGACUGCCAACUUCAGGUUACCUGUUAGAAGCUGGUUUCAGUUACGAGACUCAAGCAAAAGUAGAGAGGCGGUUUGAGGCUAGGCCGUUAUCUGGGCUAAAUGUACAUAUUGCAUCAUCUGAUGGGGAUUACCAUGAGGCAUGGACAUCUGUACUUGAAGCUGCAGGAUGUAACCUAAUACCAAAGUUUACUGCAAAGUCGGACCAUCCGAACUUGAUCGUAACUGACCACAAAUGCCCAAAGAGCAUUGUAAAAAGGGCAAAGGAAUCUUGCAUUCCACUUGUUUCUACAAACUGGGUCAUCCAGUCUUUAAUUAAUUCGAGGAUGGUGCCAUAUGACGCUGACGAACAUUAUCGCUACGAUUUUAAAGCAGGAACUGAGAAGCAGUGAUAUGAGACGUCAAGUGAGAGUUCUGUGUUCUGUGGAGUGAUAUUGACAAAGACAAAAACCUAUUGUCAAAAUCAUGUUUUUGCUAUCGUCUAGAUAUGCAGAUGGCUUGCCAAAAUGAAACCAUUGAGAUAUAGGUUGGACUUGCUGAGUGGUUUCUUGAUGAAGUGAAUGAAUCUGUUUCAUCGCUCAGAUUUUCAUUCGGGAAGAGAGAGGAGUUGAUGGGAAGUCCAAUAGGAGUAACAUGUACAUAGAAUUGACCUUGAGUACUGUGUUCAUUAAAAUGAAAUCUUCAAAGACGUAGAUCUUUGGUACCUUUGAUAACUUGGCUACCAGUAAUGAAAGCUUUAUGUCAAGAUGUGGAGAUCCCAAAAAGAUGUUGAUGCUUUCUUUCCUGAAUAUCUUUUGGUGCAAAUUUCAAAUUCAUAAAAUUGGUGCUUCUUUUGUUUAUUUCUGCUUUGCUAUUGGAGCAUGCAUUUUAAAACAUUUUAGAAAUGUGCAUUUUAAAACACUAUAGGAUGAUGCAUUUUAGAACAGUUUUGCAUCAUGACUGUCGAGGGAAAAAGAACGGUUUUCUCUGUUGGGCAUGUUUUUUAAUCAUAAAAUUGCAUGUAAUUAUAAGAUUUUAAGGCCUACAAGAUUUUAAUGGUGAGCAAUAUAUUUGUAUCUGUGUAUUAUGUAUAGUACGCUAUUUUGAAAUAAGUUUUAUUGCGACCUCAUGUUCAUGUACUGAAAUGGAACAGUGUAUUCCCAUAUUGUUUAAUGCCUUUGAUGAAGAAAUUACAAUUUUCAGAAAAAGUUUUAACAUACUGAUAAUCUGACAUUUCACCUCAUUAGUAUUGGCCUAAAACCCUAUUUUCAAAAUUUGUGAAAAAUUUAACCCAGCAUGUCGAGAGUUAUAUACCAUGCAUGAUAUUCUGUAAAUACUGUGUCGGAGCUAUUUAGCCGGUUUUGGCAUUUCUGUUUCACACAGGCCUAUACAUUUAGGAUAGGCAUUUUGUACAAGCAUCCCCAACCGGCUUAAUAUCUAACGUCAACACAGUAUCUAUUGUCUGUAUAUACCCAUUGUAUAUAAUCAGGUUUUAAAUGCCAUAUCAUUUAUUAGUAAAUUUUAGAAUACUGUUCA